UUUACAUUUGAAAUAGUAGGCUCGGUCCAUUUUUCCAUCAGUCUGGAAGGAUGUUGGUGUUGAGGUUGGCGUAUGUAUCAAGGACAGUAAUUACUAUGGCUUCUGAAGUUUUGGCAAAACCUCAGACGCGUGGUCUUCUGGCCAGGCGUCUGCGAAUUCAUAUGGUUGGAGCAUUCCUGAUAUCCCUGGGGGUUGCAGCUCUCUAUAAGUUUGGUGUGGCUGAACCAAGAAAGAAGGCAUAUGCAGAUUUCUACAAAAAUUACAGUCCCGAGAAAGAUUUUGAGGAGAUGAAGAAGGCUGGUAUCUUUCGUAGUAUAAAGUGAUCUUGGAAUAGAAAGAAUUUCUUCAGGUUGAAUUACCUAGAAGUUUGUCAAUGACUCGGGCUCCUGAACUAUGACACAUGAAUAUGUGGGCUAAGAAAUAGUUUCUCUUGAUAAAUAAACAAUUAACAAAAAAAAACAAAACAAAA